AUGAGUACGUUGCGACAGAAUACCACUUCAGCACGAAAAGUGUAUCUACCACGACAACCGCUGACUAGUGAAGAAGUGUUCGAAUAUACUCAAGCAUUCAUUCUCUUUGAUCGUGAUGAAGAUGACUAUAUCAAUGCCAAAGAUCUGAGUAUACUUAUUCGUUCGUUGGAACAAAAUCCAACAGAUGAUCAAAUUCAACAACUCAUAGAAAAUAUUGUCGAUGAAGAAUGUAAUCUUAUUGAUUGUAAACAAUUUUUAAUUAUGAUGUCUGUACUGAAGAAAACACGUGACUCUGAUAAUAAACGGGAAUUACGUGAAAUCUUCGAUGCCAUUGAUGGUGAUGGGAAUGGAUCGAUUGAAAGUGAAGAAUUACGAGCAUUGAUGACUUUAUUAACGAAUGGAAAUGAUGAGAUGAAAUUAACAAAAGAAGAGGCGGAUGCAAUGAUCGCGGAAAUCGAUGUAGACAAAGACAAACGAAUAGGAUUUGAUGAAUUCCUGACCAUUCAAUGUUACACACCGGGCAAUACCUACGAUACAUUAUCGACUGAUCCAACAUAUGAAAACAACGGCAAUGUCAAAUUCAACCGAAACAUCUUCUCGUUAUUGAACGAUCGAGUUAUGGAAAUCACAGAAGAGCCACCUUCGAAAGCUGAGAAAAGCAAGUCAUCAGAUGGACCUUUUCGUUCAAUCACGGAUCGCUUUCCAAUUGGAACAUUAACUGCUGCUGGUGGUCGGCUAAUGUCUUGCCUAUCGAAACAAUCACCAGUCGUGACAACGAAACGUAAAUACACAAUAUCUGCAAAUAACAAUGAGAGAUCUUCGCUAUUCCAAUUAUCAUCGAGUGCUUCUGCAACAGCCAUACGUACGUCCACAACAACUCCGUCCCAUUUGAAUCGUCUGCCAAGAACUAUACAAACUUCAUUGACGCCACCAACACCAGACACUGUGGGACUUGAUUAUAAUUUCGAUUUGACCUAUACAAAGUUGAGGGAAUUAGCAGAUACAAAUUGUAAAUAUUUUUCUCAACAGAAAACCGAUGUUUGCCGAAGAUUUGAACAUUUAUUAAUCCAACUUCUGCAAUCGAUAGAUACAUCUAUGCCACAUAUCCGUUACUUGACGGACAAUUUUCACCAUUUCGAUUACAGUGCCGAGAUUCGAGCCAAUGGUUAUCGAGCACUAGUCGUCGCACACGGACAAGCCUGUUUACGAACGCUAGAUAUUCUACAACAAGUCGAUACCAAACGCGUUGGUCUGUUGUUCAAUCUAAUGUAUUCAUCACGAUUAUUUCAAGAUCUCGAAUCGUGGACAAAAGCAUUGAUAGCCAUGCAACGUAUAAUAGCAUUGGCUGCUAAAAUGGUGGAUUAUUCCAAAAAGACAGUCCUCUAUGUUGAUGCUGAUCAUGUUCCACUCGAUAUUGAAUUGGAUUAUUUCAAGAUGGUCGCAUACGACUCGGAAUAUUUCUUUGGUCGUACAUGUGGAUUUCAAUUUGCUUCAUCUAUGCAAACAAUGCUUACAUUUCUCCUCGCUGGUCUAGCUACUUACUACGAAACAUUUAAUCGAUCCAUACCCUACGCUGCUGCGAGUAUUGCAACAGCACCGAAAUACAUCCUAUUUCCAGAACAACGAGCAAAAAAGUGUGCUUCUAUUUUCCGUGAUAGUGAUUAUCUAUUUUGUAAAGCCUUUUGGAAUAUUGUUGACCAUGAUUAUGUUAAAAUGGGUUCACGCUACAUAGUACCAAACGUGACCGUGUCGAAAUACUUUCAAAUCGGGCCUGAGCCAAUCGAAAUUGGUUCGGUUGUUGUUCCGCCGCCGACCGCAAGGCCUGAUAAUAUCGAAGAGCCAAAAGAACGAGCAGUUGGAAAUAUUGGAGCGGGUUCGGACAACCCGACAGGUUCCGGUAGUGAACAGCCCGGACAACUUGUCAAUAUCAAACUACUCUCUAAUGAAAUUCGUGAAGGCAUGGAAGAACUACCAUUGAGAAAAGUUGAUCUAGAAAUUGCAUCAACAAAAACUCUACCUAUGAGCGAUCAUCUUCUUGUGCAUAUACAUGGUGGUGGAUUUAUUGCCACUUCGUCUAGUACUCAUGAAAUUUAUUUGAAACCUUGGGCAUUGAAUUUCGAAAUUCCUAUUGUUUCAAUUGAUUAUUCCUUGGCACCUGAAUAUCCAUAUCCACGUGCUAUUGAAGAAUGCUAUUAUGCCUAUGCAUGGAUUUUGAAAAAUGCCAAUAAACUUGGAUGGAAUGGCAAAACACUUUUGCUCGUGGGUGAUAGUGCCGGGGGAAAUUUAGUUACUAUCGUUACAAUGAAAGCAAUUGAAGCUGGCUUGAGAAAACCCGAUGGGAUCAUCUGCUUUUAUACACCGUUCCUACUUGGCUAUAGUAUGUCACCAUCACGACUAAUGGCCAUAAUGGAUCCCUUGUUGAAUACCGGCUUCCUCUGGCGUUGUCUAGCUGCUUAUGCUGGCAUAAAAGCUGACGAGGAACCAGCACAUGAUGAUCUGGAAUCGGCGGCAACUUCUGAAGAUACUGGUGAUACUCCGGCUGGUAAACGUCGUAAAAUCGAGAAGACUCUUUCGUCAUCUGAUGAGACAGCAAUCGACGCAGCAAAACUUUCCACUACAAAUCAAAAUCCUGAAUACAUUCGAGAUGAUACAUACUACACGCGAUUAGGUGAUAUCAUGGGUUCACGUCAAGCAAAACUCCUUCGAAAACUCCGUGAAUCAACCUUACCCAAUAAUCCCUACAUGUCUCCACUACGUGCGUCUGACGACGUUCUUCGACAAUUUCCAACUACCUAUCUAGUCCCGUGUGCACGUGAUCCGUUCAUUGACGAUAAUGUGGAAUUUGCACGACGACUUCGAGAUCUCAAAGUUCCACAUCAUUUGACCGUUGUCGAUGAAUGGCCACAUGGAUUUCUCGAUUUUGGUUUUGCUGCAACCGAAAUUGCUCAAUACAAUAUCGAAAUUAUCGAGAUGAUGAAAAAGAUUAUGCAACAAUCAUCUGAAAAUCCCGGUGACGUCGCAGCCGUGCCAUCUCGUAUAGACUAA